AUGGCCUCCAGAUGGGCAAAUGACGACCCCGAGACUGAGGCAAUCAUCGCUCAACAAAAAAGAGAAAAGGAAGAAAAGCGACGCGCCAAGGCAGAGAAACAGCGGAAGCUCGACGAAGCCAGCAAAGCUCAACGAGCUCGGCAAGACGCUCACAAUGCACAGGGCCCCAAUGGCGACUCUGGGCCUCCGCAGAAACGACGGAGACUUUCGAAUGACCAAGAUGCAGCUUCGAGCGAUGCGCAGGUAGGCAGGGUCGACAAGGAACAGAAACAGUCGACGCUGUUACGGUUCCCGGUUGGGGAAUGGGGGCCCUGCAGACAUGUGGAUAACUUCGAGAGAUUGAACCAUAUCGAAGAGGGCUCUUAUGGAUGGGUGUCGCGCGCGAAGGAUAUCUCCACGGGGGAAAUCGUUGCGCUAAAGAAACUGAAGCUGGAUAACGCGCCGGACGGGUUCCCAGUCACAGGACUGCGGGAGAUUCAAACGCUGAUGGAGGCGCGACAUGCGAAUGUCGUCUAUCUACGCGAGGUAGUGAUGGGAAACAAGCUGGACGAUGUCUUCCUUGUAAUGGACUUCCUCGAACACGACCUUAAAGCCCUCCUCGACGAAAUGCGCGAACCAUUUCUCCCAUCGGAAAUCAAAACUGUUCUCUUGCAAGUCGUAGGAGGCCUCGACUUCUUACAUGCACAAUGGAUCAUGCACCGUGACCUCAAAACCUCCAACCUAUUAAUGAACAACCGUGGCGAGAUCAAAAUCGCUGACUUUGGCAUGGCCCGCUAUUACGGCGACCCGCCACCAAAGCUAACCCAGCUGGUCGUGACACUCUGGUACCGUGCACCAGAGCUGCUUCUCGGCGCAGACAAAUACGGCACGGAGAUCGACAUGUGGAGCAUUGGCUGUAUCUUUGGCGAGCUACUCACCAAGGAACCCCUCUUGCAGGGCAAGAAUGAAGUCGAUCAGGUAUCCAAGAUCUUUGCGCUGACGGGCCCGCCAAACUCGCAGACAUGGCCUGGUUUCCGCUCACUGCCCAAUGCCAAAUCGUUACGGCUGCCAUCGACGUCGGCUGCUGCUUCUUCUGGUAGUCUGCCUUUGUUGCCUCGGUCUCGAUUCCCUUAUUUGACGAAUUCUGGGUUGGGUCUUUUGUCCGGGCUUUUGGCGUUGAAUCCUUCGUCACGUCCUACGGCGCAGCAGUGUCUUGCGCAUCCGUAUUUCCGGGAAGAUCCACGACCGAAGCCCAAGGAAAUGUUCCCUACUUUCCCUUCCAAGGCUGGAAUGGAGAGGAAGAGGCGUCAUCAUACGCCUGAGGCUCCGAAGAGGGGCCAGGAAGCACCCGAGCUGGACUUUGCGGGUGUGUUUGGCGGUGCACCUGGUGGAGAUACAGGUGAAGCAGGUGCAGGAUUCACUCUCCGGUUGGGAUAG